AUGUUCUUCAAUAUAUUUAUGACACCCAUCACUUGGUUCAAUCUUCUACUAUGCAUCGCUUCUGAUAAUGAAACUUUCCAUCUACCUAAUUUCGACACUGCUAAUGAAGUUAUUACAAAUAAUACUUAUUCUGGCAUCUCAGAUACCUUUGGAUUUCUCGAUUACCUCAAUUUUGAGCCAAUGUUUAGCCCAGAAUUUCCAUCCGAUCCUUCACAGUUCAUUGAUUUCGCUCAGUUGAGUGAAACUGAGGAUAUAAGCAGUGAAGAAUCGAAAUCUGAAACUAAUCAGAUCACAAAUUCUCCUCAUCCUGGCUUCUCCGAUAUCUAUGAUCCCUUCGGUCACACUAAUUUUGAGUUAUCACUUAGCUCAGAUAUAGACUCAUACAGGAAUUUCUGGAGAGAUGCUAAUGAAGAAUUAAAAACGAGUGAUGAUAACCUGCGAUAUCCUUCCAUUAGAGAUGCUCAGAAUGAAACUUCUUCCUCACUUAAUCUCAACAGCAACGAUAUUAUCACAUAUAUGCACUUACCUGGUCCACAACAAAGUGCCGUUCCAACCCAUUUUCAUCAACUUACUCCUCCCGCAGGCGACACAUCCGGUCAACAUGGAAAUGCUGAACAGUGUAACAUCGACAAUAAGCACUUCUCGGAUAACUUGAAUAUCCUCAAUUAUAGGGAAAAUGCCUAUAAAGGAUUAGAAACAGAUAAGAAUGAUUAUACUUGUCAUUACCCGGGAUGUACAGUGAUCACGAAAACUCGCAAAGAAUAUCUCACACAUAGGAAAACCCACGGUCAACCCUUCAUCUAUGAAUGCAAAGUGCCCGAUUGUGGGCGAACAUUCGACCAUAAAUCAUCAUUUUAUAAUCAUAUAGAAACACAUGAACUUCAUCCUCGGUGCGGGUAUUGUGACAAAUUCUUCACCAACAGGAAUGCACUGCGAAAACACAACAGACUCUGCGAAAUAAAAUUUCAUAAGAAAAAUCAUACUUGUUAUUAUCGCGGAUGUACUGUGAUCACGAAAAAUUACAACGAACAUGCAACACAUAAGAAAACACACGGUCAACCCUUCAUCUAUGAAUGCAAAGUGCCCGGUUGUGGACGAACAUUUGACCAUGAAUCAACAUUUUACAGCCACAGACGAACGCAUGAACCUCAUCCUCAGUGCGAGUGCUGUGGCAAAGUCUUUGUCAGCAAGAAUGCACUGACUUAUCAUAAGAAGCGCUGCCCUACAAAAUCUCAUGAACGAUGCUACGAAUGCUUUUAUCUCGGAUGUACUAUGAUCACGAACAGUUACAAGGAAUAUAUAACACAUAAGAAAACACACGGUCAGCCCUUCAUCUAUGAAUGCAAACUGACCGGUUGUGGACGGACAUUCGACCAUGAAUCAACAUUUCAUAGUCACAAGCGAAUGCAUGAAUCUCAUCCUCAAUGCGAGUGCUGCGGCAAAUCGUUCAACACCAGGAAGGGACUGCAUCAACAUAAGAAGAUACAGCAUACAGCUAAAUAA